AUGCUGAAUUGUGAAGUGGUUGGUAUCGAUCCCACGUACAGCUUUCCACGAGUAUGUGAUGCUACUCCAACGGCUAGAAUAUUUCGAAAGUCAUCGUUGAACAAACUGGGCAUGAUUCGGUCAAGCCACUCAGAUAAACAAAAGUGGUCGUCAGAAUCGGAAUCGAACCGUGAUAAUAGUAGAAUGAUCGUUGAGUUGAAAGCGAAAUGCUAUAAUGCUACACUGGCUAUUGCUAAACAUAAGUUGCGUUGUCCAUGGUGUUCACAAGGCAGCGAUAGCAACAACAAUAAUAAUGAUAUUGCCAUUGUUGAGCAUUAUUUGGAAUCAGAUUCGUCCUCAGAGUAUUUGCUGUCAUCUCAAGUCAUCAAUCGAGAUCAAUUCAUGUAUGCGGCGCUGAUCUUUGUAUGUGCCAUUUCGGCCAUUCUAAGUGCCUCAUUUGCGUGUCUUCUGAUUGCUUAUCUCCGUCAGAAACGUAAUAGCAAAUUGAAUAAAACAACAAAUGACAAACAACAUUUGUAUCAUCAACAACCAACACAUUUAAAUCAUCCACUCGCUGAAUUCGAGAAUGAUGAUAGCAGAUAUGAAAUUCCAUGGGAGCAAUCUCAACAAUAUCAACCAUUACCAUAUUAUCGUAUCGAUAAUCAUACUACUGCUAAUCACAAUCGAAGCAGCGAUAUGAUAAUAUCAUCACCUCUUGACUCAACAUCCAUUAUUGCUACUGUCACCAAUAACAAUCACAAUAUUGAUCUGAAUAAUAUGGCAUCAACCAAACGAUUGCAAUUCAAUCAUAAUAACAGUUCAAGUUGUGCGGUUGAGAGGCGUGAUGAUAGUGGACUUGGAUCGGUUUAA